AUGGAGAUUUUACCGCAGCCUUCUGUAGUAAGGUGUUUGCGAGUAUUAGGUGCGCUGUUCGCCCACUGUUGCCUAGAGGUAGAGGUCGACCUUCGUGAAAAAGUCUCCCCUUUUUCUUUUCCUCCCCACAACAUCAUCACCACCCACACUGCCCCUCGAUCAACAAUCCUCUUCGUCCCAAACAACUCAACAAUCAUCACAUCGAAUCUUCAUCACCUAGUUGUUUCUCACAGCAUGCAUAGAAUGCCUCGCAACAGAGCCAACAACUCUGCUGGCCCUUCGGGGCAAUCCGCUCCUGUGGUGCCCCCGGCGCCAAAGUUCAUCGAUUUUCGCGACGACAAAUCCUAUGCCGAGGCCAAAGCGGCUUGGCACGUCGCUCGCGCCGAGUACAACCGCUACCAGGCCGUCUACUAUGAGACAGCCGCCAAGCGCCACCGCGAGUGGCUCCAGUCCGAUAUCGAAGCGGCUGCUUUUCACAAGCACGAGGCCGCUGUUUGUAUUUCAAUAUCUCUACAAUAUUGUGGAACUAAUGAGCUCAUUGCACAGGCCCAAGCCGAAAUUGAGGCGAAGAAAGCUGCUAUUGGCGUGGCCAAUGAGCCACCCAAGAACGACUAA